UGGUGACUUCCCCCGGUAACCCGACCCUUCCCCUCCCAGCCUGGUCUGUGCAUCAUGGGAUAUGUAGUGAUCGCUGGGCGCAGAACUUCCAUCGGAACUUUACUGUUGCUGCAGACGUUCUAUUGUCACCCGGCGGAUACAAUGUAUCCCCCCGGGGCAAUCAGGCUAAAUGCCGCCUGCGCCCGGCCAGCGGAGCACACUGAGGACUAAUACCCGGCCCAGCAGACUCUUUGCCCUCCUGCCUGUUUGCCCCCCCCGGUCAUGGGCAGCCCUGGGUGCCAGUCUGAUAUCGUGCUGCAGUACCCCGUGGAGUCUCUCCAGUUACACCCGGGGCUGCUGGCCACUGCCGUGAUCGUGGGCAUCGUGAUCGGGAUCCUAGCCGCGGGUCUAAUCAGUGUCUAUGCGCUGCUGCCUCUGCUCUCCAGAAAGGUAAAGGUCGCUGAGCAAUGUAGCGAGAAAAGCCACUCUGACUCAAGUGAUCAAGACUGUGAAGGUCAUUCAAGACCCAGAAGGAAGGUUUACUCCAAAGCAUCUAAGCCUACAAGAUUGGAACAAGAAGGUAAUCCGCUGUCAGACAAUGGAGUCGCUGCAUUUGCAUUAAAGGCCAAAGUUAUUUAUCCAAUAAAUCAAAAGUUUAGGCCUCUGGCAGAUGGAGCUUCCAACCCUUCAUUGCACGAGAACUUCAAGCAGGCUCACUUGCCUAAUCAGAUGUUUGAAGGCUCAGCCUGCAGCAGUAUUGAGUCGCUAAACCAUGGCGAGAAGGAUGACAGUAGCUCUUCAACAACAAUACAUUCUGUGACAAGUGAGGACAGAUUCUAUGAGCGGACUUUUCCACGGGUGACCAGUUUUCCAGACAUAUUAACAUGUAGUAGCUGUGAUGUUAAACUGUGUCUAUACUCCCUGUGUUUGCAAAGUCUGCCCCUUCUCGAGGCAGAACUAAGGCAAGAGCAACAUACGAUGUUUGGUCAGAUCCUCAGAAUGAACCUUAGUGACCUACUGCUGAAAAAGAAGAUCGAUGGGGAAAUGUACAGAAACAUACUGGCCACGCAAGAGGCAGAAUUGAAAGAACUUGAUGAACGAUAUCGAUCAAGAGUGACCUCUUCCAAACUGACCAGAGGCCAAAGCUCUGAGUUCCAAACAAUGGAGGACGUUGAGAGAAGGGAAAGAGAGUACUCGGACAUCCUCAUCCACAGUAUUGAAGGCUUUUGGAAGCAAAUCGAGAAUGUAAGCCAAUUCCUUGUGGACCAAGCGAAGUGCACAUACGAUGAAGCUGGAAAAAUAAUGUCGAGUCUGAUCUCAAAGAUGUCAACUGUUAACAAAAUUCUGUGUGAAUCACAAGAGAUACAUGCAAUGGAACUUCAGGAAAAAAUGAUCAGUUGGGAAUAUAUGGCAAAGGUAGUGGAGUCUUUGAAGUUCCAGAUACAGAAAGAGAGUGAGUGCCGACUAAAUGCUGUCUCAAAGACCCUGGAGCAUUUAAAUAUGAUGAAGAAAGUUUCAGUGAAACAGAAAGAAAAGCAUCUUGCCGAGCUAUCUGAAGCCUUCCUAGGAGAAGUGGCUAAGUUUAACGGUGAUUGCUUGAAGCAAACCAAAUCCCUGGUGACAAAACUCUUGGAACUCCGGGCUAAACUCCUAGAGAUCCUCCGAAAAUCCCAGAAAGAAGAGCGGCUAAUGUUCCUUAGCAAAGCUCAGGAAUCAGCAGACACAGAUAGCUUUAUAAAGGAGUACCAUAAGCUUCUGGAGAAACAACACGAGCUCCUCUGUGACCUGGAAGAUGAAGAAGACAGCAAGGCCAUUGAUGCCGUUGCUGAUCUCUGCAAGGAUUUAUAUACCGGAGCCUCGCAGACGUUUGAAAAAUUGGUGAAAGCCCUGUUUCUUCAGACACUCCCUGAGAUUACCAACCUAAAUUUAAGAGAGUGCGAGAAUCUCAAGCAGGAACUGAGAGAUAACUUGUCAGUUGAGCUGGAAAAAGCUGAAAAUGAAAGAAAAACUAAAAUAAAGCUAUUUCAAGAAAUAUUGGUGCAAGAAAAACAGCUUUGGGCAAAGGAGCAGGCCUUGUCAUCUGCACUAAGUAGCAACAUGUCUGAGAAGCAGCAGAAGAUAAUCCAAAGAGUCCUAAUCCGAUUAAGUGGCCUCAGUGAGGAAACUAAGAAAAAUGCUGUAGAAAGGCAUAAUUUUUUUAUGAAAUGCGUCCUGCGCCCACUGGGCCUUCGGAGUAUGGCUAUGGCUGCCCUGACUGAGAUGAAGAUAUCCUGGAAGAAAGCUCUUCUUCAUGAACUAAAAGAAAAACAUGCCCUGGAAAAGUCUAAAUGGCCUUGUCAGGAUGAAGAACAGUGGCAAAUCCUGAACGACAUGGAAACUCGUAUUUUAGAAGAAGGAAGAAAGUUAGAGGAAGAAACUGUGGAAGCACGGAGGGACUUCCAUCAGCAGCUCCUUGCAGACCUCAUGGAGAUGACACACACCAUCAGACAGCACAUGGAACGGACCGUUGGACAGGCCCUGAUCCAGUCUGCACACCAAGAGACCGCAAAGAGCAUGACAGACGAUAACACUGAGUUUAAGGAGCGUUUGGUAGAAGCCGCUGUUGAGAGUGUGUAUGUGACAAACAGCGGUGUCAACAAAUUAGUUCUAAACUACAAUCAAAACAUAGAAAAGCUCUUAAUGGACCACGACGAGGCCAAACAAAGGCAACUGGAGUCAGUACGAGAUAACGUUGAGGUCGCCAGGCACAGAUCCAAGCAAGAAUUGUCAACUAUUGGAAUUAAAGAAAAGCAUUUUGAACAAGCGCCAAAUUCUGGUCUUCAUAAGAGGCUCCUUUCACAGCAAAGGCAGUUGCUUCAGAAGUUUGACAUGUACCAUGGAAUACGUCUGGAUUCACUCAAACACAAGAAAUCCGUUCUGCGUCGUCUUGAAGAACAGCUUGAAAAUAGAUUGAAGGAUGCUGAAGACGCGUUCAUCGCUGAGUUGGCUGCCAUGGCUAGAAUCCGACUCACAGAUGGCAAUAAUGUCAUGAAUAAAUCUGCACAUUCAGAAUCAAGCAAAAUGUUGUCCACAAAGAAGUUGAGUUAAGGAUUCGA